UGGAGAGAGAACAGGACAGUGAAAUGAUCAGGGAUACAGGGGGAAACAUUUGUGAUUAUCUAAAUGUUGAUUAUUGUAUCCAUCAAGGUGAACCAGCAGGUGUAGAUUAUUCAAAAACAUUUGGAUUUGCAUUACUGCCAUUGAAUUCCCUUGGAUGAUUUUAUACUGUAGUAAUAAUAAAAAAAAUUGACUUAUAUGGGAAAUUACAAACUCCUCAUUGAAAGUUAUACCACAUGUAUCCAUUCUGAAUGAUCCUAACAAUCACUUCUUAGAUUAGAUUAUUGUAAUCAAUAAAUAAACUUCAAUUGGUUCAAAAUGCAGCAGCCAGAGUGCUGACUAGAACCAAGAAAUAUGAUCAUAUUAUCAUCAUUUUAUCAUCGUUACAUUGGCUACCUGUUAAAUUUCGUACUCAUUUUAAAAUUCUGUUAACUACGUACAAAGCAUGAAUGGUCUAGCUCUGCAGUACUUAAGUGACCUUCUACCAUGCUAUAUCCCAUCACGUUCAUUACGAUCGCAAAAUUCUGGCCUGUUAAUAAUUCCUAGAAUGCAGACACACUCACUCAGUUUAAGUCUAGACUAAAGACUCAUCUAUUUAGCCAGGCAAACACCUAAUUUGUCCUUCAACUCACAAUUAGGCUGCUUUAGUUAGGUCUGCUGGAACCAGAAACAGUGAUCAUGAUCUAAAACUCUGCAAUAAAUUGAAUGGCAUCUGUGCUAAUAUUAUUUUAUUUGUUUCCCUGUCUCAACCUCGGGACUCCUAUCCUGAGGUAGCCAGAACCGGCCAGAUCCAGCUCCAUUCCUGCUUGGUGUUGGACUCCACUGCUACGUGUCACUGUGUGAUGAUGACUAAUAGCAGCUGGUGCCAGCCAAACAUCACUUCAGUCUAUUACGAUGGACUCCAGAGGAUGAACUGAUGCCAACUCCAACCAUAAGACAUGGGAUACUUCAUAUGCCAUUGCCUGAACCUUGGACUUAGGAUAGACCUCACCGAAAUUACCGGCCAGGUUGAACUGCGAUGCACCUCACUGAUCUCUGCCUACAUCACCUCAGUCUAAUGAUGGACUACACUCUUGAAAUGGAAUACAUAGACUAUCAUUUAAUUGCCAGCAAAACCCUUCAUCAGCCAACUAACAAGGACAAUUGCAUCUAUGUGAACUUCUGCAGUUAAUCCAGGAUGAACUUCAAAGACAAUAGUCAUUAAUCUUACAGUUCUUACAAAAUUUUUGUUUUAAACACUGACCCUUAACACUUACUUAGUUUAAUAAUUUUAAACCAUGACUUGCAUUAUACAUAAGUAAUAUUGGCAUUAUAUUCAUAAUGUUAGCCAGAGGGGAACUGGCCUCCACAGUGAGUCUGGUUUCUCCCAAGGUUAUUUUUCUCCAUUAACCAACAUCUUAUGCAGUUUUGUGUUCCUUGCCACAGACAGCAUCUAAUUAUGACCUGACGGAUACGGUCGAAGCAGAAACUGCGCAGACGCGUUAUGGAUGAUGAGAUAGCGCUGUAGGAGGAAAUUCACGCAUCACUGUUGAGGCCAGCACAUUUUCUUUGGGAUAUACCGAUCGCAGAGCCUCUAGUUUUGUAUAUUUUCCCCGACGGGGCGAUUAUGGCGACGCUGGGACCCGAGCCCCAUCUUCACUCCCAGCUGCCUUCUGCCGCAUUCCAAGCGAACCUCAGUGGACUUGGCUCCAACACGAACCUGCCCUUCAGCCGGGGCUUGGAGAGAGCUUUGGAGGAUGCGGCGAACUCCGGCUUUCUCAACCUCAGCACAAGAAAAUUGAAAGAAUUCCCUCAGACAGCAUCUAAUUAUGACCUGACGGAUACGGUCGAAGCAGACCUGUCGAAGAAUCGACUGAUUGAAAUCCCAUCAGAGGUGUGCCACCUGGUCUCCCUGGAAAUGCUGAACCUCUAUCACAACUGCAUCAAAAGCAUCCCAGAUACCAUCAUCAGUCUACAGUCCCUUACCUGCUUAAACAUCAGCCGGAACCAGUUGUCAGUGCUGCCAGCGUGUGUGUGUGGUCUUCCAUUGCGAGUGCUUAUUGCCAGCAAUAACAAACUCAAUGCACUUCCAGAAAGCAUUGUCCAGCUCACCAAUCUCAUGGAACUGGAUGUAAGCUGUAACGAAAUCACAGCUCUUCCACGUCACAUUGGCCAACUCAAAGCCUUGAGAGAAGUCAAUGUGCACCGAAACCUUCUCUGUGUCCUACCAGAGGAUUUGGCAGAUCUACCUCUGGUCAAGUUUGACUUCUCCUGUAAUAAGGUUUCCACUAUUCCUGUCUGCUAUCGAAAAAUGACCCACCUCCAAUCACUACAGCUAGAGAACAAUCCACUUCAGAGUCCACCUGCACAGAUCUGCAUGAAGGGUAAGAUCCAUAUAUUUAAAUACCUCGCCAUGGAGGCCUGUCGUAGUGACAAGAUGGCUGAUGACCUGUACCUGCCCGUCACAGACCGCCUCAGCUUGACACGACCCACCAAUGGGAGCACCGAGGAUAUUGAUCAGCACAAGAAACUUGACAGCGACUCUGGGGUGGGCAGUGACAACGGAGACAAACGCCUCUCUGCUACAGAGCCAUCAGAUGAAGACAGUCUUAGCCUGAAUGUGCCCAUGACCAACAUCACAGAGGAGGAGGGCCUAAGCAAAGACGACUCAAUUGAACACAUCAGCGCUCUGACAGCAGACAGAAUUCCAUCUGAAUAUCUGAAGGAGCAGCUGGGCUACAGAGACUCCACCCUCAGCUCUCCAUUCGUCAGCUAUAUCAAGGGUCGAGGUGCUGACUUUGAUGAACCCCUCAGGAUAGAGGAAGACAGUAACUGGACAUCAGAACAAACGUCAAAGAUCAGUAUGAUCAGUCAGCUAAAAGAGGCUGUAGAGAUGCUACAGGAUCCUAACAGGGUUAACAUGAACUCAGCUGAUCUGUCUGGCAUUAAACUCUACCCUGUGGAAAUGGUCACAGUAGACGAAUCACUCAAUGGCCAGGAGAGUGAUGAGGGUGAGACAACACCUAAGGCAACUCCUGGAGAAUGCUGGGAGUUCCAGAGGAAGAGACAAUACAUUCUAGAACGUGCCAGACUUGAGGCCCAGCUCGCAUGCCAACAGUAUGCCCUGCACCUGGCACAACAGGGGGAGGUGAUUGGCCAGGAAAGAUCAGGUGAUAGUUCUGAGAACCAAGUUACCAAGAAUGAAGACAAAACUCCAGUUUCCAGUCCCACGUUGAGCUCACCUCCCUUUGGUCUGAAGCCCAGAUCAGUGUUUUUCAGGACACACAAGACUCUGGAAUCAGUGGAUCCUCAGUUCACCAUAAGGAGAAAGGUGGAGCAGCUGAGGGAGGAGCUGGAGCUUGCAGAGCAAUUACGAGAGAGUAUUGAAAGCAGAUUGAAAGUAGUUCUUCCUGAAGAUCUUGGCUCCUCUCUUAUGGAUGGGGUUGUGCUCUGUCACCUACUGAAUCACAUCCGGCCGCGUUCAGUGGCCAGUAUUCAUGUACCGUCCCCUGCAGUGCCCAAGCUUAGCAUGGCUAAAUGUCGCAGAAACGUCGAACACUUUUUGGACGCCUGCAGGAAAAUGGGAGUCCCUGAGUCUUCUCUCUGUUCGGCUUAUGACAUUCUGCAGUGUAACCUUAGGCCGGUCUGGGCCGUGGUCGGGGCCUUGCUCAUGCUGGAGAGCAGAGGAGCAAAGCAGAAGGAAGGAAAGGUGGAGAGUGACCGGGAGAGAAAGACUGAGGGGAAGAAGCUUGUCCCCGUGUCCACUCAGACUCCACCCCCUUCCUGGCAAAUAUGGGAUCUGAUUGGCUCAAGUCUGCUACAUGUUUUCUGUCUGGUGGUGCUGUUUGUGGCCUACAGCUGGAGUGAAUUUAAAUAACAUAUAUAUACACAGAGAACACAAUACAGUAUCAUUCAUUGAUUUUAGAAAGCACAGUUUGGGAUGGUUAAGAUGUGGUCACACUAGGCUUUGAGCAUCCAAAAUUACUUUUGUGCCCACAAUGAAUAUCGACAACUGGAUAUGAUGUCAUGCUCUAGCGCUUCCGUUUUGUAUAAAUAACAAAAAUAGUUAUAAAAAUGUUCAAAUACACCAUCCACUCCACUUUCCCAGAACACUUGAAACCAUGCAGCUUUGAAGUUUGUUUUGUUUGUUUUGAUCUAAGAUGUCAAUCUGUGAUGUUUAAAUACUCUAGUGGUAGUAAAAGACAACUUCUUUGCAUGUGCUUGCAUUUCCUCUCAUGCAUUCAUAGGAGUAUGAACGGAAGUGAAUGGAGCACAAAGUCUAAGAAGACCACAAUAACUACGUUUCCAUCCAAGGACUUUUCGUGGAAAAAAAGUUUUAGCGCAUCAAAAUAAAGCUGCUAAUAUUUUUCCAUUUAACUCUAGCACAUAAACUCUAUGUCGAUACUUCAAAUGUCGCAAAAAACUGGUUUGGAAACACUUUUUGUCUAGAAAAUUGGCAUUAGCGCAAAAAGGUAAUGUCACAUGACAGAAUUUACCCCAAUCAUUAGCCUGUGUUAACCAUGACGAUGGUAUACAUCAGUGAAAGCCAAUUUAUUGUACGUGAUUAUGGAUUGAUCUUAACGGCAUAUCACAGAUCCGAUGCUGCAAACAAGAUACUUCAAAGACUGCCAACACAUAUCUCGUAUCAUGCACAUUGACAAGUGCACAGAGAACAAAUUAAUGGCCACUGUUUGUGAUUUAUAAAUAAACUGAUGGCUACCGCAAUUAAAUUAAAGUUGCUUUUCCACACCAUUCAGAAUAGAUGGCAGUCAUAGAAUUAGUCCACAAUACAAAAAAAAAAAAAAAACAUCAUUUCUGUGCACAAUGUUUUAAAUUUAAAAUAAAUACACAAGACCAGGAGAAAAGCUUCAGUGUGCUUUUUUGGAGCACUAACAUAGCCCAAUUCUAUAAAAUUGUUUAGCUUUUGAAAAAAUGCCGGUAAAAUUCCCUGUAUUAAAUUAAAUAAAUUAGCCUACCAAAUGAAUAAAGCAUUAAAUAAAAUAAUUAUCAAAUGAAAAAAAUAAUAUUUUUAGACCUAGGCCUAUAUAAUUGCUUUUUUUUUCACACAAACGUAAUUUAGCCUUACCCUGUUCUUUAGAAAGAAAAAGUUGGCCGAAUGACAUUCUCAGAAUGUUCUACACUUUUUUCAAGACUAUAAACUAUCAGAACUAUUUGUCCAAUGCUGAGCUCACUUUCAGAAAACGAGCUUUUGAACAUUUUAAAACAUUUAAAUAUUUGAAAUCUAACUCUCUUUACCUCGGAUCACAUUUGCUGAGCUUCUUCAGAAAAUGUAAAUUGCAUUAUGACGCUAAAAUUAAUUUUAGAUGAUAAUCAAGUUCAGUUGGUCGUUAAAAGUUGCUGGACAAAUAUGCGGGACAUAAUGCAGUUGUGAUGGUGAAGCUUUAGAUUAGAUGAUUGUUCAAAAUUGCCUAUUGAAUAUCAGGAAUGUUUCAUAUAUGUAAACCCUGAUUUUACACUGCAUAAAUUUUUCUUUAGUAGCUGUGCACACAAUAUAUACACAUGGAUGGAUGGUCCUUAUACUAAGACCAAAAGUUCCCCCACUACUUGGUGCAGGUUGCCAGCUUGAACAGGGCCAUCACGAUUCGCUUUCGGGUCGGAACCGGUGACAACCUGUGAUAGGCGCAACAUCAGGACCAAUAUUACAGUCCUAUCAGAAGGGCAACUGCUCCCUUUUGAUUGCAAUUCUGUCUUCUGACUGCAUUUAUUUGUGAAAUUAAAAUGACAGUAAGCUCACUAAUUUCAAUGAAUUGCCUCAAUACUCACCCCAUUUUACCAAAACAUUGUAGGAAAAAAAAAAAUAGGGACAUCUGGGAGGCAAAAGGAACACAGUUAGCAAUAUACACACAUUUCUGUAUGGAAACGGCUUAAGGGCAGGUUUCUUUUGCGAUAAACCAAAACUUAAUGCGACAAAGUGUUUUUUAAGCACAACGUCAUCACGCACACCAUUUUUAUCGAUAAAAGGCCAUUUGAAUGGAAACAGGCAGAAGAUGGCAAAUUUUGUUGAUAACAAAAUAGCACGAAAAGUGGAUGGAAUCUGGGCUGUUUGACUUGAGAAAUUUAAUCUUAAUAUAGACAUUCUGAUUUAUGGGGGGAGAAACAAAGAUAUUCGGCCCUGUUGGUCAGAGCACAUUUAGAAUUAAAGACAACAGGUUUGCGAUUUGUAGUUUCAUCAUUUCAUAAGUUUCACCAACACUUGCUUCUUGAUUAGGCUAUGGAGAAACCAUGCAUAACACAUACUGUAACUCAAAAUACAAAACAUUUUUGUAAGAACACUUUUUAAAAAAUUAUUUAAAGUAAUCUACAAGGUGCACUGUGCACUUUAAAUAAGGAGCGGAAAAUGGACACGCCCUCACUUUCAACACCUACUGCAAAACACUGAAUUUCAACAGUUAUACUGCUAAACAAACAAAUGCAGAACAAAUUAUUGUUGGUACUCUUGAGAAAUUCAAUUCUAAACAAUACGUAAGCAGUAGAUUUAUUUGCAUCUGCAUGACAAAACCACAGUAAUUCAAACACUUAUGGAGGUCUAUGGAUACCAGUCAUCCCAAUGAUCAGCAAUAAAAUCAAGUGCAUUUUUGGUCUGCUUCACAGAAAUAACGCGCAGGACGUAGGCAGACAAUAAUAUCAAGACACUUGAGUAAGCAACAGCCAAGAUGCCAUUAAAGCAAAAUAAUGUUUUUGCACUGAAGUCUAGUAUGUAAUUAAAUCUGAUUAAAAACAUUAAUCAUUAGCAUAAGGGCUAAUUAAUCUAUACUAUUUGUAAAAAGCAGCAGCUUUUGGCUAAUAGUGUUUUUAAGGAUCAGCAUAUAUAGUUAGAAGGGAUAUCAUGUUGCCAAUGUAUAUCACGUUAAUCUUUUAUUUAGAUUGAGAAUAAUUAAAGAUCCUGCACAGUCCUUGUAAAUUAUUACAGUGUGUUAUUGUCUAUUACUUUAAGCUGAUUAUGUUUUCUCCCAUUGAAAGGGAUCAGAAUAGGAAUAAUGAUUCUUUGCUUUCAUUUCCUGAUUAUUUGUACAGCAAAAUGAUAUACAGAGAACUAAAUUGAAGUUAUAAUUAAUGUAAUAAACUCCAUUCCACAAAUGUGUGACUAAGCCAAAUCAAACAAUGAGGAAGGACCAGGUCUGGAAUAAGAUCUUAUUCAUGUAUUCUAUCAGUGAUCUGUAAUAGAGGCAGAGGCGAGUCUUUUAAAUAAGAAGUAUUCAUUAAAACAUCAGAUUUGAGCUGGUUUUGUAUUUGAAAGCAUGUAAAAGAAGCCAUUAACAGACAGUAAUGAUGUCACUUAGACCUCAGUAAGCCAGUGAAGCUCUUGACAUCACUUCUUUUAACAUAAUGCUUUAAACCUUGUCAGUGUGAUCUCAGCAGUUUGCAGUUAUAAUUGGUGCUGCAUUCAGCAUCCUUUUUGACCAAAAAAAAAUAAAUAAAAAA